AUGACGAACCCCCCACCCCAGAAACCCUUCGACCUCGCCAUCAUCGGCGGCGGCAUAACGGGCGUGAUCCUGGCCAUCGCGCUGACGGGCCGCAACAUCCGCUGCACCGUCUACGAGCAGGCGGGCGCGUUCGGGGAGAUCGGCGCGGGCGUCGGCGUCCACCCGGGCGCGGCGCGCGCCCUGGGCCACUGCGACCCGCGCCUCCUGGACGCGCUCGAGCGCGUGUCCACCUUCAACGCCUGGCCGGACAAGAGGCGCACGUGGUUCGACGUCCUCGACGGCACGGCGGGCACGCCGGCGCCGGAGCUGGACGCCCUGUUCGCCGUCGUCGGCGAGGAGGGAGAGGGCGCGGCGCCGCCGGCGAGGGCGGCGCAUCGGGCGAGGUUCAUGGAUGGGAUGGUCGGGCUGCUGCCGGAUGGGGUGGCGCGGUUUGGGAAGCGGUUGAGGGACGUGGUGGAUGAUCGGGAGGGGUCGGGGAAGAUGCUCAUCCGGUUCUUGGACGGGUCCGUCGCCGAGGCGGAUGCGGUGCUGGGGUGCGAUGGCGUCAAGUCGCGGACGAGGGAGAUUGUGGUCGGCGGGGAGGACAAGCCGGGUGCCAAGUGCGGGUAUAGCUACAAGUAUGCGUACCGCGGGUUGAUCCCCAUGAAGGACGCCGUCGAGGCGCUGGGGUCCGAGAAGGCGGAGAAUUGCGCCCUGUGGAUGGGACAGGACCGCCAUGUCUUAACUUUCCCGGUCAACCACGGGGCGACGCUGAACAUGGUCGCGUUCGUCACGGACAAGAAGGAAUGGCCCAGCGACGUGAACCUGACACUGCCGGCCACCCGUGAAGAGGCGUUGGCCGACUUUGAGGGCUUCGGGCCCAACGUCAUGAAGCUGAUAGGGAUGACGGAGGAGAAGCAGGACCGGUGGGGCCUCUUCGACCUCGUGGACAACCCGCUCUCAACGUUCUACAAGGGCCGCGUGUGCCUCGUGGGCGACUCGGCCCACGCGAGCACGCCGCACCACGGGGCCGGGGCUGGGUUCUGCAUCGAGGACGUGGCGGUGCUCGCGUCGCUGCUCGCCGACGACGCCGUCAAGGGCCCCGACGACCUCGAGGCCGUGUUUGCGGCCUACGACGCCAUCCGCCGCGAGAGGGACCAGUGGCUGGUUCGGAGCAGCAGGAGGGCUGCCGAUGUGUAUGAGUGGCGGGAGCUGGGGAGGGACUUUGAUGCCAUCCAUAAGGAUAUGCAGGAGAGGCAGGAGUAUAUCUGGGGGGUUGAUAUGGAGAAGCAGAUUGAAGAGGCGCGGCAGGAUUUGAGAAAGCGGCUGGGUGUGGACCUCUAG